AUGAAAGAUAUUCCACAAAAGUAUCAUAUUUCAUUGAAUAGUGGUGAUCGUUCUUCCUGGGAAUCACCACUCCUCCACCAUGUAUUCGAGUUGCUUAUUUCAUCUUUGAAAUCAAAACAACAACAACAAUUGGAUGACACAGCAGAGCAAUCAUUGGAGUUUUCAAGUUUAGUAAGCAGUCUAUAUAAUCAUUAUAUUACCAAGUCAACAGUUACAAGUAGUGACGAGUUUGAAGAUGAUAUCAAAGAGUUUCUUGAAACAUUGUCAUCGAUUGGUGUUCCAAGUGAUGUCAUUGAAUGCAUCAGACUCUCAAAAUCCAUUACCAAUUCCACUGAUUCCCUUGCCAAUGAGCUCCUCAACAAAGCCAAACAAUCAAUUCGCAAACAUGACUAUGUAAAAGCAGUCGAGUUUUGCAACCAAGGAAUUGCGGUGACUGGUUUAUCGAUCGAAUCACAACCGAAACUCUAUUUCUAUCGUGGAUACGCCAAUGAAAUGUAUCGUUUACAAUCAGGACCAUCAGCAGUAUCAAAAGAAGUGAUUCUUCUUGACCUCAGUCGAACAAGUGCAAUCAAACCGAAAUGGAAAUGCACCCUAUUCCUGAUGGCAUUGAUUUAUUUCCAUGAUGACAAGUUUGAAGAAGCAAAAGCAACUGCCGAGGCAUGUUUAGUCUUGGACACACAGUAUAAGAAAGCCAAAGAUCUACUUGAUCUCAUCAACUACGAUCUAAGAAUGAUCUCUAUUGGAUACAAAGACGAUUUCCAAAAGUAUGAUGCUCAACAAUAUAAGGAUUUAUUGAAAGGUCGUAAUAUCAAUCCAGACAAUCUCAACCAAGCAUUUGUAAGUGAAGACAAGAACGUUGAGAAUGGAUUCAGAUAUCUCUAUGGUUAUGAUGGAACCACCAAAGACAUUGCCAAGUCACUUGAAUAUUUCCAAUCAUCACCAAACAAUGCUGAAGCACUUCUUUACUCUGGUAUUCUCCUUCAACAAGGUAAAACAGUUCGUCGUAAUCUCAAGGAUGCAUUCGAUUGUUUUGUUCGUUCCAAGGAUUUAGGUGGUUUAGAAUCAUAUUAUCAAAUUGCCAAAUGUUAUCGACAUGGUUUAGGUGUUGAUAUUGAUGUCAGUAAAGCUCAAGCAACUUUGGAAGAACGUAUAAAGAAAUCAGACAGAUUAGUGAAAAUGGAUCAAGAUCUUACUGAAUUAGGUGAAUUGUAUUUACAAAAUCAAGAUCCAGAAGUUUAUGUUAAAGCAGCUCAAUACUUCCAAAUGGCAGCUUCAUCUGGUUAUCCUGAUGCAAUGUUUUAUCUUGGAUAUGUCUAUCUCAAUGGAUUCGGUGUGGAGAAGGACUUGGAAGCUGCUGAAAUGUGGUUGAAACGUGCUGCCAAGAUGAAUCAUCCACGUGCACUCCAAAUGCUCAAUGCUGUCAAGAAUGAAAAGAAGAUUAGCGAACUACCUGAUUCCGCUCAAGAUUUAAUCAAAGAAAUACAAUCGAUUAACGUUGCAAGUAAACCAUCACCACUCCGAAGAGUCAAUGGAGAUAAUAAAUUCCCAAUCGACAAAUUGGAGAGAUAUGCCAAGACAUCAAAGAUUGCUGCAAAUCUAUUUGCUUCAAAGAGUCUAUUCUUCCACACUAUUGAAUUGAUGGAAACUGGAAAACCAUUGUUUACCAAACAAAUCAUUUCCAAUAUCGCCAGAUGCAUUGAAAUGACCGAUUUGGUUUUGGAUUUUUCGAUAUUGAUGGAGCAUUUCUUGCCAACUCUCGAAUGGUAUAUGAAAAGCUUCCCACCAGAUUACGAUGCUAGAUAUUGCUAUGCAUUUAUCAAAGGUGUGACCUCGCUUGACUUUGGACUUAGUUAUACCAAACAAUGUUUGCAAGAUUAUCCAGAUUCUCAUCAACUCUUUAUUCUCUGUUACAACUUGUAUGGAUUCAAAGCAAAUUGGAAAGAGGGUUUAAAUUGUCUAACAAGAGCAAAAGAAAUUGUAAAGGAGAAAGGAUUACCAGAAGAUCUUAAAAUUCUAUGCCAAACCGGUAUUUGUCGAUUGAAAUUGGAUGAAUCAGAUAAUGGUUAUAGAGGAAAUACUGAAACACUGAUUGCUGAUCUAUUGGAAUUUACACGACGUUGUGAAAAAGAUGACAGACAAAGACCACAAGUAUUUUAUCAUAUUGCUUAUAGAUAUUAUUGUGUUAAACAAUAUGAAAAGGCAGCUCAUUUCUACAAUUUGGGUUUGGAAACAGAAGUAGAUCAACUUCCAUUCUUUUUACCAGUGCAAAGUACACAUAAACAGACUUUGGAAGUACAUAUGAAAGCAAAACCAGAGAUGUUUAAACAAAAAGCAAAGGAACCUCCAAAAACAACACCAACCUUCACCAAAGAUGAUUUGAAAAAGAAUACUGAACAAACCACCUCAACUUCAGCAAUUUCAGCAUCUCCAACAACCUUAACAACUCCUUCAAAUACAAUAAGAUUAGCACCAUCAGUAUUGGAUAUACACAGAGCAAGAUCAACUGUGGAAUCUAAACAACGUGAAGUUUAUAUUACUAAUCUACGUGACUAUAUUGGUAAACUAGUUGGAGCGACAAUAUCAGGUACAUAUCUUGUUCAACAAUUUACAACCACACCAUUGCACAUGACUGCUAAGAAGCCACCUCAAGACAUUGGUGAUAAAUACAAAGAGAUUGUCGUCAAUGAAUUUGAUCCAAAUCGUGAUAUGGUAUACAAAGGAAGAUUCUUGAAGGGUAUUAUUGUUGAACGUCUCAUGAAGGCUGGAACCGGAGGUGCUCAUUCGAUUAUGAUGGACAACAAAGGUACCUAUAUGAGAAUUAGUAUCUAUGAUGAAUCAGUCGAAAACCAAUCGAUUGCCGAUCAAACUCUAUUUGUUGGUCAAGGUAUCACCAUCAUUGAUCCAUAUCUUAGAGUUGGAAUUGAUGGAGUUGGAUCAAUCAGAGUCAACUCCGUUAAAAACAUCUUUUCGGAUGGAGCUAAACCUAAUCAAGUGUGUUUCUAUUGCUUCAAAGCAUCAGAUAAACUUCAAAAAUGUGGUCAUUGCCUGAGUUCAUAUUAUUGUUCAAGAGAUUGCCAAGUCAGCGAUUAUAAACUUCUCAAACAUAAAUCAAUUUGUUUCAAGCCAUAA